AUGGCAACGCUCCAGUCACCAGCACAGCUGGACUAUGAUGCAGUGCGCAAGUCCAUUGCAGACAUUCUAGAAAAGGAAGAUUACGACGAUGGUUCCUAUGGGCCUAUCUUGGUUCGCCUGGCAUGGCAUGCAUCUGGAACAUAUGACACAAUCUCUGGAACGGGUGGCUCUGGAGGUGCCACCAUGAGGUUUGCACCAGAGAGCGACCACGGGGCUAAUGCUGGUUUGGGUAUUGCUCGAGAUUUGCUUGAGCCAAUCAAGAAGAAGUUCCCAUCCAUCAGCUAUGGAGAUCUGUGGACACUGGCAGGCGUUGUGGCUAUUGAGGAGAUGGGAGGCCCCAAGAUUCCAUGGCGGCCGGGUAGAAGCGAUGCACCAGAUGCAAGCGCAUGCACCCCAGAUGGACGCCUUCCCGAUGGAGACAAGGGAGCAGCACAUAUAAGGGACAUAUUCUACAGGAUGGGCUUCAACGAUCAGGAGAUAGUGGCCCUGAUAGGGGCGCACACUCUGGGCAGGUGCCAUGCAGAUCGCUCUGGCUGGGUCAAUCCCUGGACGAGAGCACCCACCACAUUCUCCAACCUGUACUUCCAAGAUCUGAAAACUACCAAGUGGAGAAAGAAGAAGAAUUUUACGCCCCUUCAGUACGAAGACCCGACUGGGGAGCUGAUGAUGUUGCCAGCAGAUAUGGCACUUCUGUGGGACAGGAAAUUCAGGAAGUAUGUGGACAUUUAUGCCGCCGAUGAGGCCAAGUUUUUUGAGGACUUUGCGGCUGCCUUCAGCAGACUGCUGGAGCUGGGCGUCAAGUUCCCGGAAAGCAAGGCAUCGGCAACAGCCUAG